CCUUCGGGCAUCUCCGUAUUUUAUUUAUUUAUUCAUCUAUGUCAGCAAAACUAAUGUGCCGACUGCUCAAGGUGUAUAGAAUCGGAUUCCACUUUCCUAACCCCAUUAUACAUCGGUGAAUGUGGUGAGACAUCCCUUUCUGUUAGUCGGGCCCGGUGUGCUUUUAUUGUGAAAGGUACUCUCGGAAAUCCGCCCUAGAAAUAACGAGCUUCAGACGUCGAUACCAAUAAGCUGAACGCAACUAAUGUCGGUUUGAGAGCUCGAUGCGCAAUGGCAACCCAUCUGAAAGACAAAGAAGCUUACCAAAGACUGAACUAUCUGUACCAGGCUGCACAUUGUGUCUUAUCCCAGAGUCCAGACAAUGUGGAGCUGGCUCGGUUCUACUGCUUCACGCAGAAAACAAUUGCAAGGCGGCUGGUUCUCAGACAAGACCCAUCAGUGAAGAGAACGUUAUGCAAGAAGUGCUGUUCAUUGCUUAUACCAGGUGUUACUGCCACAACGAGACAGCGGAGAAAAAAGAAAAAGACCCGCUUCACUGUGGUGAGGUGUCUCAGCUGCGGCCAGACCAAGACUCUGCUGAAUAAUCCAGAUCAUUGUUUGUGGGUGGACCAACCCAAGGCGCAGCUGGAGCAGCAAAAACAAUCUGAUCCAGCCUCGUCAGCUAAAAAUCAGCCUAAAGACACAAAGGCUGAUGGGUCACAGUGUUCUAAACCACAUGAUGCUCCUAGUUCUGCCUGAACACAUCAGCCUUGUUGGUUGUAGAAAACAUAUUCUGCAUAAAUCCAAUGCAUGAGAAUGUUUUUUUUUUCUUUCAUUUAUUUGACUGAAUACAUGCUGUAGAUUACUUUUCCUCCAAAAAAAACCAUUUUGAGUACAGGUAACAAAGAUGCAGCUAUGAGUUUUUGAUUAUUUCCAAAUAUUUUACAUAUGUUUCUAUUACUGUUCAGGUAAAGUACAUUUCUCAUUACCAGUGA